AUGUCUCAAUCCCCUAACAACAACACACCACCUGCUAAUCCUUCCUUGGAGGAUACGCACAUGGGAGAGGCAAAUGCACCUCGUGCUGAGCCGCAACCCACCAACCAAAACCAACCUGCUGAUGCUGAACAGCGUCACUCUAAUGGCAAUGCUUGGGUCCCCGAUGACAAUGAUGUCCAAGUGACAUUUGUCGUAUUCUGGAGUCUGGGUUUGAUAGGUGAAACCUAA